AUGACGGGCCCGAUCCACACCUACGGUCCAAGCUGCGUGCUCGUAGAUGAGCCCGAGCGGACCGACUGCCAGUCCUCGUCACCACCAGAUAUCCAAACGCAGUUUUUUUACAUCUCAGCAUUGCCCAUCGAUGAUCCCCUGGCUCCCCUGCCACCCCCGGCAAACCAGGCAACAGGCACUGAGAGGCUGCCUCCGAAGCCAUUUUCGGCCAGGGAUAAUAUCGCGUUGGAAAAUGCGUGGCGGGACCUACGGAAAAGAAAAAAGAACGAGCCAGAGAGCUCAAAGCCCAGAUCCCAGGUGUCAAGUCGACCUUUCGGGAUAGCCGUGCCUGGUCGCGAGGUGGAGUCAAAUGUCCGACCGCGUCGCAAAACAGCCAGUCGACAUGAUCCAUCCCUAGUGGAGAGCCGAGGGAGCACGUUAAGCAACCCUUCUUCGCUCCUGGAUGAGCUGCAUUCUCGCAGUCACAAAAGUAACGUUGCGUUUGCUUCAAGCCCUACUGCGACGCGAGCACAGGAAGUCAGCAUUGAAGACCAUGAAGACUUUUCAUCGGACGAUUGGGCAAAGCAUGAAAUUCCGGCCAAUCCAGGAAUUGAUCGGAAAAGAGCGCGCUCUUCGCCGGUCAAUGAGUCUAGUGCUGCCAAGCGAAGAAGUAGUUCUCUACUGGAGGUCGAAAAUAUCGAUGAAGGUGAAGAGCUCGAAAGUCCACGAGACAAUCGUUCUCACAAUGCAAGCAUAAGUGGAUCUCCGUUUAUACGAGCACCCAUAUCUCAGUCUCAAACACCUUUAGGGCGCUCCUUUGAGUCAACUUCCUCCAAGGAAGGCGGCCAAGAAUGGCAAGCGGAAAUACGGACUAGUGCUCCAAGGAGUGCCCCGAAGCCAUCGGGCCUUAGAACUACUUUCAGCCUGGAUCAAUUGACGCAGGACUCCCAAGAGGACAGGUUGGAAGAGCAAGACACGCAAUCAAAAAUCCCGGUCGGGGUCUCCCGGCUUCAUUUAGUCGAAUUGCCAAAUUUGAAGGCAAGUAGAAUGACAUCCUGCCCAACGUCCGUUUUAAUAACCCCUCUUCAGAUGAAACCUAUUUAUUGGAGUCCUCUUCAGGAUAUCUCAAACGUAGUCCGAGCCACUUGGUUUUACAAGAAUACGAUGUUCCCUGUCGAGACAGAAAUCGCGAACAAGUUGGAAGAAGGAUACGUUGAGCUGAAGCCAUGGACCGAUACCUGGCAAGACGAGUUGAACAGCUGCGUGGAUAAUGGUGCCGAUGCUGAAAUGAAGAUCGUUCACCCGCUGUGGGCGAAAACUCCUACUCCGGUUGGUCAAGCUGCGAACACACAGGAUGGCCCAGGUGGAGAUACACCGCUAGACGACCCGGCCGAAUCUACGAACUUCGAUAAGAAUCAGGCUGCUGGUGGAGUUUCCGCUCAAACCGAAAGCAUCAAGCCAUACCUUACAUCCAGCGCCAUUUAUGUCAAUGCAACAGACGCCCAGGUGCUGCGGCCUAGCCUACUGCCUUCAGCAUCAAGGGGACGACGGCCUCUCGGCGCCAUCAGAAAGGGUCGACAGAUAGGCAUCCCCGUGGUCCGGGGCUUCAAUCGCCAGCUUUGGGAGCAAAUCCAUCCCUCAAAGACCAAUCCUAUUGACGUGCGCCACUAUAUCCGCAAGACUCAAUCAAGGGACCCUGCUAUACCAGGUGAACAGGUCUGCUAUGCCUGCAAGAUGGAAGAGUCGAGACCACCUCCAACUGACCUGGUCUUGGUUAUUCACGGUAUUGGGCAAAAACUCUCAGAAAGAAUGGAAAGCUUCCACUUCACUCAUGCCAUUAAUGCGUUCAGGCGGGAGGUCAACAUGGAGCUCAAUAACGAGCCUGUAUGGCCUCACGUACGCCAAGAUCACGGAGGUAUUAUGGUUCUUCCUGUCAAUUGGCGCACCAAGCUAUCGCUAGAUGACCCCGAUGUCGAAUCCGGCGUUGAAGAUCCAGCCAGCAACAACUUCUCUCUCGACGAUAUCACGCCGCAAACUCUCCCGGCUAUCCGAUCUUUGAUCAGCGAUGUCAUGCUGGACAUUCCCUACUACCUCUCACACCACAAGCCAAAGAUGGUUAAAGCGGUAAUACGAGAAGCGAAUCGUGUGUAUCGGCUUUGGUGCAAGAAUAAUCCAGGUUUCCAAGAGAACGGCCGUGUCCAUCUCAUCGCCCAUUCCCUUGGCAGCGUCAUGGCCGUUGAUAUACUCAGCCAGCAACCAACCCACGUCCCCCGUUUUGAAUUUUCCAACACCCCUUUGCAUAGCGAUAUCUUCGAGUUCGAUACUAGACAUUUGUUCCUCUGCGGAAGCCCAGCUGGAUUUUUCCUUCUUCUCAACAAGGCUAGCCUCCUCCCCCGAAAAGGUCGAAACAAACCAGGCAGUGAAGGCGACGAUCUCCUCCGAGGCGUCGCAGGAGAAGCAGGACAAUACGGCUGUCUUGCCGUAGACAAUCUGUACAACAUCAUGCAUACAACCGACCCAAUCGCCUACCGAGUAAAUGCAGCAGUCGACUCCGAACUCUCCAACACUCUCAAAAUGGGAGCAAUCCCAAGCUCAACCUCGACCUUCUGGCAAUCCUUCGGCAGUGUCUUCCGAUGGAGCUCCACGCCCUCCACAUUCAUGUCGACACCAACCCGGCCAGCAGCGGUCUCUAAACUCCCUUCCAACGUCGAGUUAGAAACUCACGACUUCACCCGUGAGGAAAUCGCAGAGAAACGCAUGCUCUUGCUCAAUGAUAAUGGCCAGAUUGACUACUACCUUUCAGGCGGUGGUGGUCCGCUUAAUAUUCAGUACCUUAACAUGCUGAGUGCGCACAGCAGUUACUGGACUCUGGGUGACUUUGUGCGGUUCCUUGUUGUGGAGAUUGCGAGGAAGCAGGGUAGGGAAGGGACUUUGGUUGCUUUUCGGGCGGAGAAGAAGAAGGGGUGGAAAUAUUCUAAGGGGUGA